AUGUCCGGCACCGAUUCGCACGGCCACCACGGCCACCAUCAUCACCACCACUAUGGCGCCGGAGCUUCCGCGUCAGGACAUAACAAAGAUUACUUCAACAUGGUGUACAGCGAGCUCGCAUCGACCUAUGACAGCAGGCAUGGGAAAACCCUGGAUAAGCUAGUCGAGGAAAUUCGAGCGAGGGUCGAUUUCCUCGGCGUCGACUGGGCCGAUGAUGACGAUGAGGGUGAUGACGACGGUAAUAACGACAAGGAGCGAGAGGAGAAGAAGAAGGCGGAGAGUGCUGAAGCUGCCGAAAAAAAGACCGUGAGGCUGUUGGAUUAUGCUUGUGGGACUGGUGUCGUAUCGAGGGCGCUUGCCCCCUAUACAACACAAUGCGUUGGGAUUGAUCUUUCAGAGAACAUGGUGGCGACGUACAACGCCCGCGCCGAAAACCAGGGCCUCACUGCGUCCGAAAUGCACGCCUAUCAAGGGAAUCUCUGCGUUCCUGAGGAUCCCAACCCAGCGUUACUCGCCUCGCCAGAGUUCACCAACUUCGAUAUCGCGGCCGUUGGCCUGGGGUUCCACCAUUUUGAUGACCCAAAAUUGGCGGCUCGCCGGCUUGCGGAGCGGCUCAAGGUCGGUGGUGUGUUGAUGAUUCUGGAUUUCUUGCCGCAUGAGAAAGCAGAUGCGUCACACCCGGCAGCGUCGACUAUUACCCACCAUGGCUUCACCGAGGACCACAUCCGGCAGAUCUACGAGGAGGCAGGCAUGGGGAAGGACUUUGCUCUGCAGGAGAUGGCCGUGGUAUUCCACUUUUCAAGAGAGACUGAGACUGAAGUUAAGCGGCGCCUUUUCCUGGCGCGUGGGACCAAGGCGUGA